CGUUCCGUCAUCUUUCAAGUUGCCAGGUUACGAUGUCAACCAAGAUGGCGGCGAAAACGAACAGAUAUGGCUGAGGGAUAAGCCUGGGAAGUGAUUAACCCAUGGAUUACAAGAAUGGCAGCAAAUGAUGUGCUUUACAAUGAAAAAGAAAUAUAUUUCUUUCAACAAGAGGUGAAAAGGAAGAUACCAAAACGUUGUCGUAAGGCUCCAGAGGAGUUACCAGAAGCUUUACGAUUUGCACAUCCAAAUCCCAAAGUAGCUGCAUACUUAGCUAGCAAGAACAGGGAAGCUUUAAAACAACAGGAACAAGAUCCAUUUGGCGAUGGAUUGGGAAAGAAAAGCUUGCUGCCAAAUAUUAACCAAUCAGUCACAAACAUUAAAAACCGAUUAGAUAGUGCCUUGUCAAAUGACGAGGACUCACAAAAAUAUUUAUUUGAAGACACUAAAAGUACAUCAUAUUCUAUUCUUCAGCAGCUAGCAAAAUAUUUGUAUUCUUAUGAUGAUAUUGCAGAUCAUGUUCCAAAAAGUUUGGAAUAUCAGUUAAUGUCAACAUGGAAAGAACUUACUAAUGAUGUGAUUUAUGUACCACGGGAAUGGCAGACGGUCGAAAUUAAAGAACAGUAUUUUAAUUCACUGCGGGAUACUCAUAGUGAUGAUGAAGACGAUGAUGUCAUUGGUGGUAGAACUUCAGUGUUAGAUAAAUCGUCAAGUCUAGGAAAACCAAAAGUGAAAAAAAUAUCAAACCGACCCCUUAUACCAGAAAUAAUUGAAGAUGAUGGGAAAGGAGAUAAUAGAAUGCCAAAAAGAAGUGAUAGCAGAAUGUCAACACAGUCAGUAGCAAGAAGUAAACUGGAUAUACGACCAGGCGGCAGAGUAUCUAGGGAUCAUAGAGGUUCAAGAUUAUCUCCUAACCAGCCGAUAUAUAAGCCUAGAAAGGUCGCAGGAUUACGCUCACCAAAUAUCAGAAAGGGAUUGCAUGACGAUGCUUUUUCCAAUAUUGCAGAAACGCCAUCUGAUCCAAGAUCAACGGCUUUAGUUACAAUAAGUUUUUCAUUAAAAGACAAAAAAGGUGUAAUAAUGGACAACAACGUAGAAGAAGUAGACAGGAAGAAAUUGCAAGAAGAAUAUGAAGCUUUUAAAGAACUUAUUAAGACAGUAAAACAACAGCAACAAGAUGAUCUUGAUGAAGGAAAAGAUAAGCCAGUUGUUGUUCGUUACUAUGGAGACCACAAAAAAGAAGUCCUGCUGAAAUACAGAAAGUCACCUGUAAAAACAGAUAGUCCAGUUUUAGGAAAGUCCGGCAAAAUCCGGAUACCAAUCAUUGGAGAUGAUAGAAAUGAAGGGAAACAACUCAUACAAGCCACAGUUCAUGACGGAACAAGCUUUGUGUAUUAUCCCUCUGGAAAGCCAGCUAUAAUGUUUAGUUCUGCAGGAUAUGGUCGGCCAGGAUAUUACUUGGUAGCGUAUGAUGAUGGCAACAAUCCCAGAAUGCUUGCUUGUUUUACUCCCUGUGGCAAGGGUGUAUGUUUUAGCAAUACUGGCAAAAAUAUCAGGUUUCUGUCUACAGCAAAGGGAGGUCAUUUAACAGACACUGAUGGUAGUGUAAUACAGAAAUGGAAAUGGCCGAUGAGCAAUGUUAAACUGGGGAAUCCUGUCAUGUUACAGCUCAAUAACCACCUAGUGUUCAGAUGUUAUAGUCAGACCAGUAUGGCCAUCGUGUUCAGCUGUCAGAAAGAAACAGCAAAGUUUCCUAUCUUACCUUAUACCGGAGCUGUGGAGAAGGAAGACAAUGAACAGUUACUUACAGGACUUAACUUUACUUCAAGAGCAGCCAAAGAACUUAUGAGAAUUUUUGCACCUAAAACCAAAACAAAGAACAGAGGAAAACAGAAAAAGGUGAAAGCCCACAUAGCUGAAAUACAGAAGUUAUUAGAGUUUCCUGAUAAACUGCAGUAUGAACACGAAUCUGAAAGAGACUUAGCAAGAUUACAAAGAAAAGCAAAAAAUUUAGUUGAUGACUGGAUGGAACAUUAUCGUGUAACGAUUGGACUUAUCUCCCCUGAUAUUAGCAGAAUGAAAGAUCGACCUGAAUUUACAGAUUACAGACGCAAGAUACAAUCAGCUAGAAUAUCAGAAAGAAUGGAUAGAGACACAGCAAGCCAGAAAGCAGUUCUUGACCUGGCAACUGACAGACGAAUUAGAGCUCCCUCUGCCCCAUUAGUUUUAUCACGGACCACACCGAAAGACACUGCAAGGAAGUCUGCUGUGGCAUCGGUGGUUAAAUUUGACGAUGAGCCACAUGAGAUUGGUGAUGACGACAUGUCACCCACUGCACUAGCUGUUCUAGAGAGAUUAACACAAUCGGCUGGUAAAAGAUCAACUAGAAGUACUAGAACAAGUCUAUCUAGUGCUCCUGUGUCACGACAGGUUACAAGCUUGAGCCAUAUAGACUUGUCAACUGUCAAAGUCCAUUGUCCAAUAGCUAUUCGACAACAGCUAUUAGGAUUAGAGCGGCCAUCUUGUCGUUGCAGCAGACAUUACAUUCCACAGAUCACUGACAUUGAAUAUGAUGAUUUUGUAUCAACAGAAGCUCCUGAAUCACAAGUUAUUGUUAUCUCCGUUAUUUCGUCAUUAUUUCCAUAUGUAAAUUCAGCAGAAGAUAUGUUGGAAGAAAUUUAUAUGAAUCAAAAUAGGAAUCGAACUAAACCUUGUGUUCAAGGACGGAAUGAUACCUAUAGGAUUUUUCAAUAUGAUAUUAAUACGGCAGCUGAAGGGUCACAUCACACAACACCCCUUCUUCUUACUCGGCAUAAUGUAGUUCCUGGUAUGAUUCUUAUGUAUAUGAAUGGGAAUCUGUCAUUCUGUGAUCAUAUAUUCAAUGGUUAUGGUAAUGCAAGAAGAGACUUCAAAAAACAAGUAAUGAAAACAAGAUUACAGGCAAUGCAAGGGUUCUCCUUACCCAAAGAUUUUAGAUUCAGUCCAGUCAAGGGUAAAUCUGGAAUGAGGUCAGCUUGGGGUGGAGAGAUAGGGGGUACAGGAGUGGACCACUGGGGUAAUCCUGGAAUGUCUGUGGACUCUGCACUAAUGCCAAUACAGCGACCACUGACAUCCUCCACGGAUGAGGACAGAGUUGACAGACUCAGAGAAAACACAAAUAUACAGCAAGUCAAGGAAAUUUAUGCUAAACUUGGGCCAAUGCUAUCAAUAGAACCAUUCAAGAGGAGACUUCAACGUCAUCGGACUUUCGUUCCUCGUUUAGUUGAUUUACAGAGGAUAUGAGAAGUACAUGGAUCAUUCACCGUCACCUGUUCGUUACCAUAUACUAGACAUGAAAAGACAUUUCUCUGCCCCGGGUAGAAGACUUCAGGGAACCGUUACUUAAGGGAGAUAAUCUCAUUCUAGGAACCAAAACAGUAAAGAUAACUCAUGACAAUAUCAUUGUUGGAUGAAGUUUUACAUGGAGUGUUGUAUGCCAGUGUCAAAUUUGCAAUUAUAUAUUUAUUCCUAAAACUGUUGUAACAGAUUUCAAUGUAGUUAGAAGAAAUUAUAAAUUACUGAUUAUACAUACUGUACUUACAUGUAGAUUAAUUUAUUUUUGCACAAAUGGCAAAUUAAUAUUAAUGGUUGACAAACAACAGAAAAUAUGUUAUGGGUUAUAUUUUUGUAUUAUUAAAUUUUUAUGCUUCAUGCUCACUUUCAUACAGCCUAAGUGCCCUUUCUGUUACAUAUUUUUAAUAUAUAUUUUUUCAUACUGAAUUUGACUUAUUUUAUUUCUUGGGUAAAUAUUGAAUUCAGUAUCUUUUUUUCAAUGAAAUUUGUUUGGAAAAUACCUGUAUUUAUUGUGAUAUUUUGGUUGGUAUUUGUGCCAAAUUGUUUUAUUUUAUGUAUGUGCCAAUUGAUGUCCUGUUUAUUAUCAGACGACUUUUUGAGCUUCAUGUAUGUGUUUAAAAUUCGGUACAAUAAGAGUAGAAAAUUUAAAUAUUUUUCUGAGCAAAAUUAAAUGAAAUAUUUUUAAAUAUGAUGGCAUAAUUAAAGAUUUACAUUUUUUCAUCUUAUAUUCCACAUAAUAUCUUUGAAAAAUUGUACCGGUUACCAUUUUCUGUGAUUAUUUAUUCAUUUGUAUUUAAGUGUAUACUUGGCUUUUAGUGACUACACAACAGCAAAUAGAAAUAAGUUAUCCUGAAUUAAAAGUGAUUUUCAGUUGUCUGAGCACUUUGCCUCACAACCUUUAUUGUACUUUCUGUAGGAAGUAACUCACAACUAAGACUUAAUGACAUAAAAUCUUUAUUCAACUCAACACUGACAUUCGAUGCAUGCAUCAAAUUAAAGUUUCUGGUUGGUAAUAUUUAAAUUUUAUAUGAAGUCUAUAAAAUACAAUACUUAACUUAUCCAAAAAAAUGUUAAAAGUCAAGUCUAGUUAAAUCAAUUCAAUGCAUUUUUAUUAUAAUUCCUAAUUUCGUAUGGACGAACACAAAGCUAAUAAAUAAUCAACAGUUCUGAGGUAAAUUUUAAGUUCAAAAGACAAUGUUGUUUUCAUCUCAUUCAAGUGGUUAUUACUUCAAGUUUUCAAUAUCACAGUGAGUAGUAACUUGUAAAAAUGUUUGGAAUAGAAAGGGGGGUCUGGUUGCCAUGUAUGUGGAUGGUUGUGACAUUUUAAAAUUUUAUUUAGUUUUGAAAAAAAUAUUUUAAGAACUUGAUUCCAUUAUUCUCUCUUGGUGCUGUUUACUAUCUAAUAUAAUGACUUAGAUCACUGUUAAAUAUGCAAAUGAAAAUCAUCUUACUUAUUUAUGGGUGGUGGUAGUUUUGAAUGCACCAUGUAUAUCUUCUAAAAGAUGUUUAUCUGUUGUGCUAUUUGCCUGCUUUAGUUUGUGACCAACCUCUAUAUUAGGGUUGUUAAAAAGAUGCUUUAAUGUAUUAUGUGAUUAUGAUUAUUAUAAUAUGAAAACCAUCUGUCUAAAUGUUACUUCAACAUUAUUUUUGAAAUGAAAAUACAUGUUAUAUAUAUCAUGAUAUUAGUUAGCCCCUUUGGUGUUGCAUUUGCCUAAAAAAAAUGGGUGAAAGUUUAAGAAGAAAACAUGUUUUAUAAAAUCUGGAAAAGUCGUUUUUCUUUGUGUUAAAAAACAUAUUUUAAAAUUUUAUGGAAAACCUAAAAUAUUUUGCACAAUAUCUCUCUUAAGUUAACACUGAAAACAAAUGAAAAACUUAAAAGAGUAUACACUUGUUAGCUCCUUUUGAGUUGAAUGGGAAUUUAGAGGGAAACUGUAAUAGCUUUUAUUAGGAUUAAUUGAAUUGUUUUGCUUUACCAAACAUUUGUUCUGCCUUAAAAAAGGUCUUAUUUUAAUAAAAAAAAAAUGUAUUACUCCACCGACAUAAAUAUCUCAGUGAAGGUCCCGGUUUCAUUAGUAGAAUCUUUGGGUAGAUAAACUGCAUAUUGUAAGUCGUUUACAAAAAAAACAAUAUAAAAUCGAUGAAUAAUGUUAUUAUUUGAAUGUAUUUAAAUUAUCUGGCAUAAAAAGGCAAGAGAUCAUUAUUUUAGAUUUUACACUUAAAAGCAUAUAAGAAAAGACACAUAAAAUUGAAAUCUAGUUGACCUUUUUUCAUGAGUAGCUUGCAAAUUGUUCAAUAAUAUGUUGUUAUGCUAUGGUAAUAUUAUAUGAAUCUUUAUAAGAAAAUUGUUAUAAAUUAACAUUUUUGAAGUGAGGAAAUUCUUUCUUUAAGAUUAAAACUCAAAAUUGGCUGCCUAAAGAUAUGUCUCAUAUUAAUUUUCUUUAAACAAGUGAUUAAAGAUUAGAAAUAAAAAAAAUUCUUACAAACUGAGAGAAGUUUGAGAAGUUAACUACAUGUUUUAUCAUUGAUAAUCUUAAAAGUGCCUAAAUGUAUAUUACUCAACAAUUGCUCAUCACUUUCUUAGGUUUAUCACAAAAUUAGGGUAGAUCCAGGUGGAAUAUGGCAAAAUAUUUGUGUUUCAAGUGCAUUUUCUGUUUUUCACCUGAAAAAGCAGGUACCCCUUUUCUGCCAAAUUUUCGGUUUGACCCUCUUUUUGAAAAUCCUGGAUUGACCACUGAUGGUGAUUUUAUUACUGGUGAUAUUAUACCUCUGUUUCUUUCUGUGAUAUUUUAUAAUGUACUGCUGAUUAUGUGCCUUUACAGAUGAUCUUUGUAGAAUAAAAACAUCAGUCUGUA